AUGGCCUGGAUUGCCAUGAUUGAGGGAAUUAUAGAGAGGACCCUGGACAAGAGGUUUGGGUGCCAGGUCCCCACGUACGGGGAGACAAUAAGGAAUAGGGGAAUACAGCAAGCGAAGAAUAAGCAGGUAGCCCCAACAACAGGGACUACAGCCAACAAGCCAAUUGUGAAGAGAGUGGAGGUGGUACAAAAGACGGAGAGCAGGAGCCGCAGCGGCAGCCGUGAAGGAGGCGGGGAAAAGGAAGGAAGGGGCGGAGAAGAUCUCGAACCCAAACCCAACUCCCCCGAAACCCACCGCACAAACACGAGCAACUGCAAAAAGGAAGGAGCCGAAAAGAGCGGCCAUCACAAUAACGUGCCCCCCGGGACAUAUGAGGAAAUCCUCCGGGAGGCACGUCAAAGGAUCGACACAAGAAGACUGGGCAUAGAAGGUGCAAAAAUAAGGAGAGGAGUCACGGGCUCCUUCAUCCUGGAGAUUCCUGGGCCGAACAGCCACGAUAAGGCAGACAAGUUUGCCCAGGAACUAAGACGGGUGCUGAUGGGCAGAGAAGGAGUCCACGUCCAGCGCCCAACAAAGAUGGCGGAGCUCAGGCUUAGGGGUUUGGAUGAAACAAUCCAGGCCCCUGAGGUGAGAGAAGCAGUAGCCGUGGCCGGAGACUGCGAGGAGGAGGAAAUCCAGACCGGGGAAAUACGGAAAACCCCCGGAGGAAUGGGGAUAGUGUGGCUUGGCUCGAACUGA